AUGAAGAUCUUUCAGUUUGUUAUUGCUGGACUUGCUGCAUUGAGUUUAGUCUCUGCAGGAGACCCUGAACAGGACGAUGUCAUUCCACCCAGUGAUGUUGUUGUCUUGACUUCUGACACUCACGAUGCAUUCAUUGCUGAGCACCCCUUGACUCUGGUCGAGUAUUUCGCUCCCUGGUGUCCACAUUGCAAAUCACUUGCACCCGAGUAUGCCAGUGCUGCUGCCGAGCUCAAAGAGCUCGAUCCUCCUAUUUCUAUUGCUUCUGUUGACUGUACUACUGAAAACGUCAUCUGUGACAAGCUGUCCAUCCAAGGUUUCCCCACUCUCAAACUUUUCCGAUCUGGUGUUGCUGACGAUUACAAGGGUGAGCGUACCGCAAAAUCUAUUGUUACCACCAUUAAGAAACAACUUCUUCCUGCCGUAUCUGAUGUUAGCCCCGAGUCGUUUGAAAACUUCAUCAUCUCUGAAAAGGUUGUCAUUGUCGGCUUCUUUGAUGAAAAGUCGGCUGCUGAGCGCAAGAUCUUCACCGAAAUUGCCAACGUCCAGCGUGAUUCCUUCUUGUUUGGUGCUGCUGACGGUUCCAAGACCUUCAAGGGCCACAAACACACUACUCCUUCCAUUGCCUUGUUCAAAAAGUUUGACGAGGGUCUUGCUGUUCUCUCUGAAGAUCUUACUUCUGAAAACAUCAAGGAUUUCAUUAGCAAAACUUCCAUGCCCAUCAUGGACGAAGUCGGUCCCGACAACUACGAGUUCUAUGUCAAGCGUGGUCUUCCUAUCGGUUUCUUCUUCUACGGAUCUGCUGAACAGCGUGAGCAAGUUGGUAAAGUGAUUGAACCCGUUGCAAAGGAAUUCGUUGGCAAGAUCUCGUUUGUUUACCUCGAUUCUGCAAAGUUUGGUGCACAUGCUCCCAACUUGGCUCUCAAGGAAGAAUGGCCCGCAUUCGGUUUCCAGGAUGGUCUUCGUAAGUGGCCUCUUGAUCAGUCCAAACCCAUCACAGAAGAAGCCGUUCGUGCUCUUGCUAAGGGUGUCUUGGAUGGUUCUAUUGCCUCGACUCUCAAGUCUGAGCCCGUUCCUGAAACUCAAGACGAACCUGUUAUUACUGUUGUCGGUGACAGCUUUGACAAGAUUGUCCUUGACACUAAAAAGGAUGUUCUUCUCGAGCUCUAUGCUCCAUGGUGUGGACAUUGCAAAAAGCUUGUUCCUACAUGGGACACACUUGCCAAAACCAUCACCUCUGACAAGAUUGUUAUUGCCAAAAUGGACGGCACCACCAACGAUAUCCCCCCCUCCACAAAGGUUGACCUUCAAGGUUUCCCCACUAUUCUGCUUUUCAAGGCAGGUAGCAGUGAAUUCAUGACUUACCAGGGUGAUCGUAGCCUCGCAUCACUUUCUGCUUUCCUCAAGGAAAAUGCUGUUCAUGGAUCUGAGGUGCCAGAGAUUGACGAUUCUGCAGAACAGGAUCCUGAUUUGCUGCACGAAGAAUUGGAUUUGGAGGAACUGGAGCCUGAGGUUGAAAGAGAUGAACUCUAGAUUGCAACUUGAAAUCAACAAAUGAAAACACUGGCUAGUAUUAGUUUUAUUAC